AUGUCUGCUAUAUUUACUGAAUCUACCCAUGGUAAACGACAAUUAUGCUACCUCGGUUAUCGGUAUUCUUUGAAACGUAAGAAUCAAAAUGGUUCGGAAUAUUGGAUAUGUGUUAAAUGUCAAACAACGGCUACAAGUUACUUAGAUUUAUCAGUAAUUGUUCGUGAAGAUCAUACACAUCUACCUGACGAAACUGAUAAAGAAGUAUUACAAAUGCGACAAAAUUUAAAACGAAAAGCUAUCGAAGAAUCUAGUCCUAUUGAUCGUAUAAUUGAAGAAGCAUUUCAUACAAUUAAUAGUCAAUCUCAAUCUAAUGAUUUGCUUAUAAAUAUGCCUUCGAUUGCCACACUUAAAAACACUUUACAAAAACAACGUCGUAAGACUCGUCCACCAGUCCCAAAAUCAAUCGAACAAUUGCCAUAUCCAUUACCCGAAGCUUAUUGCAAAACAAAACAAGGCGAAUCAUUUUUAUUAUAUGAUGGACCACUUGGUGGCGUUCGUUCACUAGUUUUUUCUUCUUAUAAUGAUAUGGUUUAUUUAUCACAACAUGAAAAUUGGUACGGCGAUGGUACUUUCUACACUUGUCCAUCUAUUUUUUACCAAAUGUAUUCAAUUCAUACUUAUUAUGAUGGAAUAUCAACACCAUGCAUUUUCGCGCUACUUACUGGUAAAAAUGAGCAAAUUUAUACAGAUUUAUUUACAGUUAUCUUUAAGAAAAUGUUCGAAUUCAGGUUACCUAUUAGAUUAAGAACAAUUACGAUUGAUUUUGAGCUAGCUGUUUAUAAUGUGUUUACUAAAAAUUAUCCUACUGUUAUUGUACGAGGUUGUUUAUUUCAUUAUGGACAAAGUUUAUUUCGUAAAUUUGUUGAUCUUGGUCUAAAAACAGCUUAUAAAAAUGAUGAAAAUCUUCGCGAAUGGUUUCGAUCCUUUGCAGCAUUAUCUUUAUUACCAUUGAAUCAUAUGCUAUGGGGUUUACAAUGUUUAAUUCAUACUCGACCUGUAUAUCCAGGCAUUGAAGAAUUUCUUAACUAUUUUCAUAAUACAUAUGGACCUUUAAGUAAAUUCCCACCGCAUAUGUACAACCAUUAUCGUAAUAUUUUACCGCGCACUAUUAAUUAUUUGGAGGGUCGUCAUUCACGAUUGAAGAAGCAUGUAAAUGCUCCGCAUCCCAAUAUUUAUGUUGCAAUUGAUUUAUUACAAAAAGAACAAUCAUUAGCAUCUAUUUCAAGAUUACGAGAUAAUGUGGGAGCUCCAACUCCAAAACGUCGAAAAAAUAAAGUUAUAACUGAUGAAUGUUUAAUUAAAUUAUGGCAGCGUUAUGAUGAAGGUCGUCUCGAUAUUCCAUCAUUCUUAAAAGCUGCUGGACUUAGAUAUUUUCAGCGUCCACCAAAAAGUUGA